AUGGAGGGACCAAAAAUAACAGUCGUAAUCAGAAAGAGACCAUUAGGGAAGAAAGAAUUAGCACGUGGUGAUUAAGAUAUUGUAUAAGUGAAAGAUUAAGCUACAGUAUUGUUGAGCGAGAUCAAGUAUGCAUUUUGAAAUUCAAUAUACUUUCUCUUUUUUAGGUAGAAAGUUGAUCUGACCAAGUAUGUUGAAUAGCAUCAUUUCAAUUUCGACUUAGCAUUUGAUGAGAGUGUAAAUAAUGAAGGAGUAUAUGCAACUGCAGUACGUCCAAUAAUUGAAGCAGCCUUUAAUAAAGCAAAGUGCACUUGUUUUGCAUAUGGAUAAACAGGUAGUGGUAAAACAUUCACAAUGCUUGGUGACCCAGAAGCUAAUGUACCAGGACUAUAUCUGAUGGCUAGUUAUGACCUAUUCAGCAUAUUAUAAAGAGUAAGUAACAUCACAAUUAUACAAAUAGCCAGAGUAUGGUCAUUUAUUUGUGACUAUUUCCUUUUAUGAAAUUUACUGUGGCAAAUUGUUUGAUCUCUUAAAUGAUAGAACUUAAUUGGCAGCAUAGGAAGAUGCCAAAGGUAAUGUUCAAAUAAAAGGAUUAACUGAAAAAAAAAUUCAAAAUGUUCAGCAACUUAUGCAAAUCAUACAACAUGGAUAGAACUCUAGAGUAACUUCUUAAAACUCUGCAAAUUCAGAAUCAUCACGAUCUCAUGCUUUACUUUAAAUUAAUUUAAAAUAAGGUAAGCUAGUUCAUGGCAAACUUUCUUUUAUUGAUUUGGCAGGUAGUGAAAGAGGAGCUGAUGUUAGAGAUUAAGAUAAAACUACUAGAGUUGAUGGAGCAGAAAUUAAUAAAUCUCUUUUGGCUUUGAAAGAGUGUAUUCGAGCUUUAGAUCUUAAUAAGAAUCACACUCCAUUUAGAGGCAGCAAACUUACAUUAGUAUUAAAAGAUAGUUUGAUUGGUAAUUGCAGAACUGUCAUGAUUGGUAAUAUAUCACCAAGUAGUGCUAAUAGUGAACAUACAUUAAAUACAUUAAGAUAUGCAGACAGAGUCAAAGAAUUAAAGAAACCAUAAGAAUAGAAAUCUGGUGGAGAUGCACUCAAUCGAGAAUUGAUGUUAGCAAGAACAGGUUUCAUUUUAUUUUUAUUACUUUAGAUUCUAAUGUGAUCCGUAAAGAAUAUAGAAAUCCUGAUUCUGAAGAUGAAGAAGGAGAUGAUUUAUAUAGUGGACCUCAAGGAUCUUAAGGUGGGUUAACUUAGAUGAACAAUUAGAAAUAUUAAUAAUAUAAUAAUAUGACAUCUUCAUAAUAAUACUAAUAAUAAUUUCAAUAUGCUUAAUAAUAAUAAUAAUAAUUACCUCCUUAACCAAUACCUUAAUAACCAACAAGAACAUUAUCAGCUAAUUCAUAAUAAUAAAUAUAAUAAUAACCAUAAUACAAUUAAUAAUUUACUAAUCCAUAUGCCAAAUAACCAUAAUAAUAAUAAUAAUAAUAAUAAUAAUUACCUCAAAAUCUUCCAAAAUCCAAAAGUGUUUAGUCAAAUCAAGCAUAAUAAUAAUAAUAAUCUACAUCCUAAACACAAUUGCCAAACUAAUAAUUUUUCAUGUAAUAACCAAUUAUGAAUCCAUAAUAACCUAAUAUUUAUUAAUAAUAACAAUAACCAAAUCUAUAGUAAUUCAUAAAUCCAUAACCUUAAUAACUUUAACCAUAGAUGUAUAGCAAUUUAUAAAAAUAAAAUAUUGCUCAGUAAAACCCAAUGCUAUAUUAACAAUAAUAAAAUCAAUUUCCAUAAUAAUAAUAAAUGUUCUAGCAAUAUCCUUAAUAAACUUAUAUCAAUAAUAAUAAUCAAUUUUAUUAAAAGUAAUAACCCUUAAUUCCUGGAAUGAAUCCUAUUCCUUAAUAGGCUAACAAUUUUAUGUAGCAUUAUUUAGAUAAUAAUUUAAAUUAAUAAUAAUAAGAUCCAUUUGUAAAUGAUGAUUUUUAAGGUGAAGAUGGAGACAAUCUAUUAUUGGAAGAAGUGGAUCCAGAAUAAGAAAUAUAAGAAUAAAGAAAUUAAUUAUUAUCUUAAUAACAUGAAGAAUUAGUAAGCAAAGUAUUGUAAGAAGAAGAUGAAAUCAUUGUAUUCCAUAGAGAUCAUAUUGAUGUUAUGGUUGAGAUAUGUAAAUCAGUAAUAUAAUCUUCAUUAUCUUCACUAGGAUAUGAUCUUAUUGAAUUCUUUGGAUCAGAAUCAAGUGGCUGUGGCUGAUUAUAUGGUGAAAUUAAAAUAGAAUUUACAAGUCAAAUAAUAGGCAAUCAAUGAUUUCAUAAACAAGCUUGGACAAUAUGAAUAAUUGUUAGAAUAAGUAUGAUUGUGUAUCUACUUUCUUUAGGAAGCUGAAUUAAAUGAAUAAUUGAAGGAGUUCGGAUUGGGUAAUAACUCAAAUUAAACAAAUAUAUAAUGAUA